AUGAAGGGUCCAGCGGGCAAAGGUGCCUCUGCUGCCCGGGCAGGGAGGGAGCAGGGGCCCAAAGGAGCCACUGACCGGUGCGAGGACGUGGCAGUGGCGGUCGGCGCGGUGCUACGGCUGGUGCCGGAGAAGCCGCCGCUGCUCUGGGAAAGCAUCGACUGGCGGGUGAGGCUGGACACCAGGGAGCAGUUCCGCAUCCUGACGGCCAGCGCCAGGGACGUUAAGCAGCCCCCCAAGAGCCGAUUUAGCCGGCGGGUCGCCUUCGAGCGGGGGACGCUCUCCCUGCGCAUCAGCCCCGUCUCCAAGGCCGACAGCGGCGUCUACUCCGUGCACUUCGUGAACGCGUCGAACUUCGAGUUUUGCAGGCGCUUCUGCGUGUCGGUGCUGGCGCCCGUCUGCCAGCCGGUGCUGGAGGCACGCGUGGUGCACCGCGAGCACGGCUGGUGCAACCUCUCGCUGACCUGCGCCGUCCCCUGCGCCGGCAACGUCACCUACAGCUGGCUGUGGGCCGGGGCGGCCCCCGAAGCCCUGGGCCACCGUCGCUCCCUGUGGCUGCAGCUCCCCGAGGGCGCCAACGGCACCGUCUACCUCUGCAACGCCAGCAACGCCGUGAGCUGGGCCGCGGCCAGCACCGACGUCUCGGCGCUGUGCAGCCCCCCAGGGUUUUUCCCCGUCGAGCUGUGGUGGACGCUGGCCGCGGCCCUGGGGCUGCUGCUGGCCGUCUCCGUAGCCCUUGUCCUCGCCUGGAGGUGCCGCAGGAGGCCAGGUCCCACGGGAAACGCCGAGCAGCCGCUGACCAUCUAUGCGGAGGUGGGCAAUGCCUGGAGCAGCCGCAACCGCAAUGGGAGCAGCGAGGCCGCCAGCAUUGGAAACACCAUCUACGCCAUGGUCCACACCACGCCGGGGCCCAGCUGCCCUCGGGAGCCCGAGAGCCACACCAUCUACUCCACCGUGCAGGUCAGCAAGAGGUCCCCCUCUGCCAAGAGGAUGAGGAUCGAACCGUCUCUGAUCUCCACCGCCUACGUCGAGGUAACGGACCCAGUGGGGCCUCGGUCCCUGGGCGCCCGGGACGGCCCCAAGCCUCGCCCGCCCCGGGAGCUAACGUCUCCUUGCCGUUGAUCCUGGGUGCCGCUCGUGUGCCUUGGAGCAUCCUGCUCUCCUGGUUUCACUUCCAAGGCAGGAAUCUGCCCUCCUCGUUUCACACCUGGCUCUGUGCUGACAGGCAUGUUUUCCUUAAAUUUCUGCGGAGAAAAGCCCCUCGCAGCCUGGUGGGCCCGUUGCCUGCAGGAUGAGGGGCUGGAAAUGCCAACAGCCUCGAAGGGGGGACCCAAAGCACCACGAGCCCCUUGCAGAUGCGCUCAAAACCACCGGUUUUCUUGCAGCCUGCGGAGGCUUCGAGGCACUGGCGGGCUCCACCGCAGACCUCGCCUCCGGCUCCUGCGGGCCACCGCCUCUCCUAGCUGCCUCCGUCGCUUCGGCAAGGUCCUCUUCUCUUUACGUGCCUCUGCUCCCGGAGCAAAUGCCCGGAGAGGCCACCAGUGCCCCGUGGCUGCCCCGGGCAGAGCUUUCCGUGGGGGCUCACCGCCUCCGAGGGGGACGGAAAUGUCACCAACCAGGUUUUCCCAAAGGCUGCAAAGCCCAGCUGCACCUUGGAGGCUUCCUUCAGGGGAUGGAGAAGAGACCCGGCGACCAGGACCUCCCACCGGAGAAGAUGGCUUUGAAAUGCGUGUGAUACACGUGUCUAGCAUGAGGGUGAUCUGUUAUAUAUAUUUUUUUCCCUCCAGGUCUUGAUAGGUUCAACGCACUUUGGGGGUUUAGUUUUAGGUGCGAAUACAAGCUCAAGUGCA